AUGGCAUCCAUUCUCAAACAGUUAUCAGAUCUCAUAGCAACCUCGGUCCGCGACAUUGACGCCGCUUGUGAUGCACGAGGAGUAUCUUUUCCUUCUCUGGAUGAACCUUUCUCGGAAGAAUCGGAGCGCGCGCGCCAGGAGGAAGAAGUUCUCAGCAGUAUUGGUAUCAUAGUAGCUGCCGCGACGCAGCUCAUCGCUGUCGCCAGGGCCCCGUCAAACUAUCUGCUCUCCAUGGUCCUUCAGCACACCAUCCCAGCUUGUCUCGGAGCAGCAAACGAUGGCCAUGUUGCCGAAAUAUUGCGCGAGGCCGGCCCGCAGGGAGCACAUGUCAGUGAUAUCGCCAAAAGGAACGGCAUGAACGCGGCUCGGAUUGGUCGAGUUCUUCGGCUGCUCGCUACGCACCAUAUAUUUAGGGAAGUUUCUCCCGACGUUUUUACCAAUAAUCGUGUUUCUUCUCUGCUGGACACCGGGAAACCAGCGGAGGAAAUUCUCAAAUUCCCACUCCUCAAACACGACGGCACCUCCGGAUUUUCAGCGGCCGUUGGACAUAUAUCAGAUGAAACAUUCAAAAUCGUUGCAGCACUCUCUGAGACUUUGCACGACCCUAUAUUUGGUCAUUCAGACGAGCCCAACCGAUGUGCCCGUUCUGUAGCCUAUAAAACAGAUCUUCUUGCCUUUGAGUGGUUGGAACUACCGGAGAAUAGCUAUCGCAGGAGGCGUUUUGGGGUGUUCAUGGAAGCCAUGUCCAAAGUGCAGCCGCUUGACGCUGCUUCGAGCGGUUUUGACUUCUCUUCACUUCCAGAUGGCGCAUUGGUUAUCGACGUUGCUGGAGGCAUCGGGUCUGUAUCGAUGUUGCUUGCAAAAGCCUAUCCCGAGUUGAGAAUCGUCGUCGAGGAUCUUCCUGGGGUUGUCCGGGAUGCAGAGAAGUUCUGGAAGGCCAAUCUCGCGGAAUCACUCGAUAGCGGUCGUGUACGACUUGUUCCCCAUGAUAUGUUCACACCUCAGCAUGAAGCCUUUCGCGCGCCGGAUUUAUUCGUCCUACGUAGAAUCCUUCAUGACUGGUCAGAUACCUAUGCGAUGAAGAUUCUCAAGCAUCUCCGCAUUGCGGCAGGGGCAAGGACUCAACUGCUCAUUAUCGACAGUGUCCUUCCAUACGCGUGCCCACCUGACCCUCGGAAGACAAAACCGUUCAAGGUGUCCGAGAUUAUUGAACCGCCUGCGCCAUUACUGGCCAACAUGGGUGGAGCCGCCUCCUUAUGGUACGCUCAUGAUAUCGCGAUGUUAGCUUUUCAGAAUGGUCAGGAGCGCACCGCUGACCAGUUCAACGAGCUUUUGAGAAGCACAGGAUGGGAGUUGAAAGAGAUCAAGAAAACGGAUAGCAUAGGAGCAUGGCCACAUAUCAUCGCAGCCCCAUUGUGA